AUGUUUAACUUUCUCCUGCGUCUCAUGUCGCCCGUGGUGACAGUUGCUGUGCUCACGGCGGUAAUAAAAGAUGUUGAGAGCCAGCAAAAAGAUACCAAGACCUCGAGUCCACAACCGGUUUAUCCUGCAGUCAGAUUUCGGGUCCUCAAUGCCGAUCAUGUGGUUUUGACGCAGGACAGUCCUGACCCACAAGGGAACUCCAGCCUGAAGGCUCACUCACAAACUUUUCUCAUCACUGAUCCAGGUUCUGGUUUACUCAAGACGGUUCUGAAUGCCUCAUACGGUCCGCUCAGUGUGGACGCCCCAAUUCCACCAGAGGUGCUGCUCAGUGGACGCAGGAUUAUACCGGUCAUUUUAGGGCGCCAGGUGCGUUCCUCAUCCCGGGUGGUCAAAAUCCUCUUCCACAUGCCUCGUGAACUCGGCGGAGCUCAGGAAAACACGCCCGACGGCGCUCAUUGCGUGACAGCCUACGCCUUCUGGGGGACGAGGGAAGUCCGCGGGGCAUGUCUGGUAUCCCCGGAUAGGUUCUGUGUAGCGCAGCUGAAACCCGAACCAGCCUGGUUCAGUUCCUCCACUCGACCCGGCGGAUCCAGCAAAGAGCGAACCGAAACCGUAAAGGGGCUUCAGGGAAAUCUCGUGGAGGUCUACUUCCAGAGUCGGAUGGACCAGACAGGCCUGUGUACGCCUCAGGAUAGCCUGCAACGAGUCGGAGUAGGGAGGGCGGGGGUCCAGGAAGGGUCAGGAACACCCUUGAGAAGAAUAGGAAAUGUUAACCUUCUUAAAACUCCACCUGGGAACGCAACCUAUUCUCGUCUGAGAUUAGGAGGAGCCUUAGUCAUCCAGACCUCCUCCAAACCUCUCAGGUCUGAUGAUGUUCUGACUUUUUACGUCUUCCUUGCAAGUACAUCAACCUUGGAGAGUUUCACACUUAGGGCGACGGUCAAGCCGGGAUUGUCGUUUGUCACCGUGCGGCCCAGUGACCCGAUACUGUGGGACGUCAAAAGAGAACCCGGCAGAGUCAUCAUCCCAAACACCGUCUCGGUGGUUUGCCGAAGGAAGGUUGCGCUCACGCCAAAGAGGGGACUUGUCGAAGUUCUGCAGUUGGACUUUGUGCCAAAAGAUGUUUCAGAGCUGGUUGAGACUCACACAAUCUCCUGGAGACUGGAUCAGCCGGGGAACGUCAGAGAUGUGGGCCAGAUGCGGAUCUACACCACCCAGAGAGACUAUGUGGGACUGGCCCCUCUGGUCAUGAGCACCGAUAUAUUGAACACGGCCGUGCUGACAGGCAAAGUGGUCAAAGUCCCCGUGAAAACUUUGGCAGUGGAGGCCGGCGGCGCCAUCGUCGACGUCAGCAGUUUAACCAGCUGCAGGUCCACUGACAAAGACGUUCUCAAGGUUUCCGAGCGUUGCGACUUUGUCUUCGUCACCGGCAAGGAGUCAAACGGGAAGAGCCGAGUGAUGAUCAACUUCACCUACGGCUUCCUAAGCGCGCAGUUGGAGGUGAACGUGUGGAUGCCGCGCCUCCCGCUUCGUAUCGACGUGGCCGACCCCGAACUCAACCAAAUCAAGGGCUGGAGAGUUCCCAUUACCGGCAGCAACCGAAAGCCCACCUGGAAUAGCGAAGAGGAGGAGGAGAUGCGGAAGGGCAGGGGUUGCAUGCUGCAGUAUCAGCACUCCACAUUGAGGGUGAUUACAACCUUCGAGGCCCAAUCAGGAGCAUUGCCAGACUUGCUAACCGGGGCCAAGCCGGUUGAUUAUUUCCUGGGUCCUGAUUGGCAGGUGGACGUGACCAAUCUAGUGCGCUACUAUCUAAACGUGGCAGACCCAGAUGUGGCCAGGAUUCAAGAUGGAGAAGUUCUUCAAGGACGAUCUGUGGGCAAUACUACCGUUCAAGUGGUCUCUCCGCUCACAUCAUCAGUCCUGGCCGAGAAGGCCGUCACAGUGGUGGACGAUAAAGUGAGCGUGAUGGAGUUGGGAGUACAGUUGGUGUCUGGACUUUCGCUGUCCCUGCAGCCCGGCCCGGGGAGCAACAGCGCCAUUGUUGCCAUGGCAACUACUCGCGAGACCAUCACACAGCUCAAACAGGAAGCCGCCGUCAAUUGCUGGGUCCAGUUCAGCGACGGCGCCAUCGUCCCUCUAACGAUCUUCGACCGCAGUAUCUACUCGCUAACGGUCUCCACUCCAGAUGAGACUGUGGCUACAGUUCGCCGUACUCCGCAGUUCACCUUUGUUGUGGCGCAAAGCGAAGGGCGGGGCCAGGGGGCGCUGGUCAGAGUAGAGUUGAAGAUUUGCGAGGAAUGUCAGAAAUCUAAGAGGAAGAGCAAAUUGGCGGUCGGGACGGGGCUCCUACGGAUGAACGUCCAGGGUGGCGGUCAAGGUUUUGGAGGAAAGGACGGCUAUGGUCAAGAGAAAAAUUCAAAUGGAGUCACUUCAGAAAUGGCAGGAGAGCUUAAAACAACCAUGGCGUCCCAGCGUUUAAUCACAGAUGGCUUCAGGACAGUACCAGAAACCAGCAGCAUGACCGGAAGCGUGCAGUCACCCGUUGCUUGGACUGCAGCAACCCGCAAAGCUACACAAAGUUCUCCAUCUAUGGCCACGCCCACUUUGAUUGUCAUCGUGGAGACAUCCACAAGCACUGCCAGACCUGCUGAUACUACAACUAGUGUCCAGAAGAGAGGCUUUGGCAACAUGCUUGAGAACCCCAAUUCACCCCCAAACAAAUCUAAAUCCGACGUUUCCCAGAAGAAAGAAGCUCCCAAACCCAGGUCACCCAAAGUCAUCGAGAGUGACCUCAUACGUACAUUCCGCUCCAUGUCCGAUUUGGAAAUUGGCAUUUAUUCCUUAGUGGGUGUGCUGUGUAUCGCUAUCUUUGGGUUUUUGCUUAACUGUGCUUUACACAGACUCUGUUUCCGAAAUCACAAGACCCCUAUAAAAGCAGGACCGACACCCAGCGGGGACGCAAAAGAUCAUAAGCAUGACUGGGUGUGGUUAGGGAGCAACAAUCCGCAAUCCGGACCCCCUAAAACGUCAACGCUGACCCGCCGCUCGACCGAUACCAAGGGCCACCGCGGCACGGAUAGCACCCUACCCACCGCGGGUCCCGCCGUCGCCAGCGUUCCCGAAAGAACUGCCACCUUGGGCCGCAACAGAACCGGCUCCCAACAGCAGCUUCACAGAAAAGUCGUCGACCCAAUGGCGAACCGUUCGGCCACCUUGCUCGCCAGGCCUCACCGGAACGAGCCUCUCCACUCGCCAACUAGUAAGAGGAACCAGGUCCAGUUCACCACCUUCACCACAUUGGACAUCAAACACUUGGCUGCGCUGAAGAGCAACGGCGUGGACUUUAACUGGACCAACCAGCAGCAAGAGCAGGCGCCCCCUGCUGAGCCACAGUUGCCACUACCUGACAUGCCGUGGCCGGUCGUCAAACCCCAUGGAGACCCCCAGUGAGUUUUUCGGGGUGUUCCGACCAAAUCCACAGAACAGUUUACCUUAAGAUAUGCUAACCAUCGGGCUAACAUGCUACCCCAUGAAAUAUAUGAAACAUCUGUAAAUAUUGGUGCACUUUUUUACAAGUGCUGUAAUGUAAUUUAUUCUUUUUACCUUGUUUUUAUAGUCCCUAGCACUUCGCGGACUUUGUGCAAUUGGUCAGAAAAUACGCAACAUUUGUUAUGUUAAUUUUAGCAAUCUGUCACAGCUGCAUCCGGUGAUAUUUAUGGAAAUGAAAGUAUGUUAUGCAAAUAUAAUCUUUGCCGAGUUUUGUAAUUAAUUUGGGGAUAAGUUAUUUCCCAUUGUUUUUCCCUGGCGGCACUGAAGAUAUUGUAGGUAAUGGUUAUUGUCUAACCUUCUCAUGUUUAAAAUGGAAGCAAUAAAUAUUCAACAGAUUUCAUAUGUACAUAUAAUUAUAUCAUGAUGCCUUUUAUACGUAGCCUCCCAUUAGUCUGAUAAAAAGAUUCUGCCCAAAAAAGGACAAGUAGAUGUACAGUAUUAGUUGAAGUGAAAUUUGCUUUCAUUCAUUUAUUGUUUUAAAAGCUUUUCAAUAGCGGAGUCAUUCACAUGAAAGCCGCGUCGUGAAUGAUUUGGAUUAUCGACUAAUGCCCGUGCGAUGAAUCAGCGGGGUUUGAUUAUUUAAUUACUAUCGAAUGGGAU